AUGUCCCUCCGUGUCCUCCUGGCAGUGGUGGUGUAUGUUCUCUAUCUGUCCCCGGUAACGUUAACCCGGGCUGGGGACAAGACAGAGGGGACUCCCGACCCAUCCUACGUGGCCGCGGUCUAUGAGCACCGGGUGAUUCUGAACCCGGAGCCGCACGUGCCUCUGUCUCGGGACGCAGCGCUCAAGCACAUGAUGAGGAACCUGAAGGUCUAUGAGGAGCAGGCCGCACGGGCGGCGGAACAGGUAAGGUACACCUGUGGGAGGGACUGGGAGAUGGUCUUCUCUCUCAAUUAACAGAACUAGAUGUGUUAGUGCAGGGCUGGAACUAAGCCCGCACACCCUGCAGAUAAGCUCUCCAAGACUGGGUUAGACUUGCCUUUGACAAGGAGGAUACACCUUAAUCUGAAGUGCUGGAGUUAAUAGCUUUACAGCUCUCUUACCCCUUUCUAUUGCCUGUUACUGUUUCAUCACAACACGCACAGAGAAACAACCUCCACAUCCCUCUCUAUCUAUCACUCUGUCUCUCUCUCUCUCUCUCUUUCUAAUUCAAAAGGCUUUAUUGUCAUGGAAAGUGUUAUACAUUGCCAAAGCAAACAUAGAUACUCUCUCCGACUCUCUUCCAGGGGGCUCAGAUCAUAGUAUUUCCAGAGGACGGUAUCCAUGGGUUCAACUUCAGUCGUCUGUCCAUCUCUGGUUACCUAGAGACCAUCCCUGACCCACUGACUGAGGACUGGAACCCCUGUACACAGCCUGACAGACACAAUCACACUGAGGUAUAAACACACACCUUUACUUACCAUGUGGAUCCAUAUCUAAUGUCAUCAAAUGUCUGUGUUAAUGUGUGUGUUCUGCCCUGUUCUCUCUCAGGUCCUCCAGAGUUUGAGCUGCAUGGCUCGACGUCACCAACUCUACCUGGUGGCCAACAUGCCUGACCUCCAGCCCUGCCCUCUGACCUCUCACCCCCACCUUGACCCCUCUCACCCCCCCUGCCCCCCCGAUGGGCGCUGGCAGUUCAACACUAAUGUAGUCUUCAGGUUGGUAGUACCUGUGCUGUUUCUGUUUUAAACACGUUUCUUGAUCCUGUGAGAAAAGAAUGCAUUAUACAGGGAGAGCUUCAGGUAUUCCGAACUUCUCUUGGAAUAGGGCAAUUACAUGAUAUUGCAUUUGUAUUGAUUUCCAAAAGCUUUUUAGAGUUAUACAGGAGUGACUUGGAAUGAUGUUUUUCCUUUAUUGUUAAGAAGAUACUUUAAUCCAAAGCACACCCAACCAUCAGCCAUCAACCAUUCUCUAUAAGUCUUGAAAAAUUUAAAACGUUUAAUUAAUAAUUGUAUUACUUUUACAAAAGGAUUUGGGUUAUAUAGAUGAACAUUAAUUUUCUUUUCCCAUUCACUGCAGGUCUGAUGGUUCCCUGGCGGCUCGCUACCACAAACAAAACCUGUUCUUCGAGAAGGAAUUCAAUACCCCGCCCAGACUAGAGGUGGUGACCUUUGACACGCCGUUCGCCGGACGGUUUGGGGUGUUCACCUGCUUCGACAUCCUGUUUCACGACCCUACUGUCAGGCUACUGGAGCAGGUAUACACACACCUUUUCCCACAAUGUUUCAUUAUGGAUCCAAAUUAAUUCAUCAAAAGUCUGUUCAUGUCUCUCUCUCUCCCCCCUCCCCCCCAGGAGGGUAUCAGACAGAUGGUCUACCCCACAGCCUGGAUAAAUACGCUUCCUCUACUAACAGCGGUUCAGUUCCAGAGAGCGGUCAGUCUGGGAGCUAACGUCACUCUGCUGGCGGCUAACCUCAGGCAUGACAGCAAGGCCAUGACGGGCAGCGGCAUCUUCACCCCUAGUACUUCCAUCUACCACCACGCCUUCCACCCCCCUGGGGAGCCAGAGGAUGGGAAGCUGCUGGUGUUGAGGAUACCUGUACUGGACAGUGACUGGCUGGCAACACAGAAGCAGGCAAAGGGGCAGGGGGAGACAGGAGGAGAGGGUGAGGCAAAGGGGCAGAUAGGAGAAGAGGGUGAGGCAAAGGGGCAGAUAGGAGAAGAGGGUGAGGCAAAGGGGCAGGGGGAGACAGGAGAAGAGGGUGAGGCAAAGGGGCAGGGGGAGACAGGAGGAGAGGGUGAGGCAAAGGGGCAGGGGCAGGGGGAGACAGGAGCAGAGGGUGAGGGUGAACCUCUCUCUGCCUCUCUUCCUACCCUCUCUCCCAAUCCCUCCCCUUCCACCUCUCACUUAAUCUCCUCUAUGAUGUGUGACCCGUUCUCCUUCGUCCUGCUGCGUGGUUCAGAGGGUCAGCUGACUGUGUGUGACGGUCCCCUAUGCUGCCACCUGCAGUACCGACGGUCCCCACAGGGUGGCAAUACGGAGCUCUAUGCUCUAGGGGCGUUCGCUGGCAAUCAUACGGUUUAUGGACGCUUCGCCUUGCAGGUAGGGAGAAACAUUUACAUUACAUGCAUGCAUUACAACCAGGGUUAGGGUCAAUUCCAUUUAAAUUCCAGUCAGGAAGUACACUGAAAUUCCAAUUCCAAUUUUAUUCAAUGCUUCUUAAUGAGGAAAAUUCUGAAUUUGGUUUACUUUCUGAAUUGACUGGAAUUGAAACAGAUUUUUCACCUAGUCGUCUCAUGGCAUUAAUGAUUAAUGAUUAACCCCUCACCCUCCAGGUGUGUGCGUUGGUCCGCUGCUCGGGGUCGGAGGUCAGCUCCUGUGGAAAAGGAGUGGAGGAGGCAGAGUCUAGAGUGGACUUCCGGUUGGAGGGGAAGUUCGGAACGCGUUACGUUUACCCGUCUAUGCUAGGUAGCGGCAUGGUUGUAGAUCGACCCGACCUGAUCGAGAAGACCACAGAUGGUCGAGUGGCCAUGGAACACUCAGGGAUGACCGUCGGGCUGGUGACCGCAUGUCUCUACGGCAGGGUAUACGACCAGGACUAG